AUGGGUUCAGCCUUUAAGAAGUUCUGCAUGCAUUUCUGCUGCUGCUGCUGCGUUGGUGAUGACGACAAUGAAGAUGAGAAGCAACCUUUAGUACCUCAGGAUCCUUUAGAGUAUUUUAACCGUGAAGUUCAGAAACGACGUGAUGAGGAGGCCAAUUUGUGGAGUACGCCAGGAGACCCCAGCCACUCAGAGAGAGAUGAUGACCGGGUCCUUUACAGCCUGCUGCAGGCCAGGAACAAGACCCGAAUGGGAUCCACGGGUUAUCGCCGUCUAAGUGUGGACAUCGAGGCCAUGAGAGAUACUCGUCGAGAAGUUAGAGACAAAUGGAAAACAGUCUUGGAGAAUUUAGGAUUCAUGGCGGAGGCAGACUCCUUGUUGACUGUGUCUGCUGGAGCCUCACAUGACCGUAUGCGCAAUGCUGCAGCAGCACGCGCCAUGCUUCAGACCCUUCACACUGAGACCUCCAUCUUCUCCACCAGAGAGCCCCCACCAGAGAGAUAUCUCUUCAUCCUGGAUCGCCUCCUGUACCUAGAUAUAGCUGAAGACUUUCUGGCAAAGGCAAAGCGCUUUUAUCCUCCAAAGGAGGAUUCUGACGAGGAGGUCCCAGGCCUUGCCAUAAACUUGCCUCUACUGCUGGCCAGGGUGGAACAAGCCAUGAACGGACGAGACGAAGAAGAAGACGAUGAGAGCCAGAGCGAGAGAGAAGAUGGAAACUUCAGUGACAGAUCUUAA